AUGUUUGGAAAUGUUUUGCAGGCGUAUGGCGGAGGAAGUUUCGGGCCGACAGCGGGAGGGCCAGGCGGUGGGCCAGGGGGAGGUGGAGGAGGCGGCGGCGGCGGAGGCGGCGGUGGAAACGGGGGUGGUGGGAGUAGCGGGGCCGGCGGAGGUGUGGAGGGCGCCACUUAUUCCCCGGACUCCCCUUACUUCCCGUUCGGGAGCCGAGGGGUACCGCCUUCCGUCGGGACGCCUACCCCUACUGCCAACCCCGCGGCGCCCACCGGCACCAACGGAGCACGGUUACCGAAUUCGACAGCCGGUCAGUUUUCUUCCCAUCUAUCAUCUCCGUGCGCGGGAACCGUAAAGAGGAAGAAGGACCAGGCCCUUGACGGAACGGAUGGCGAAGUCGUAACAACGCAGCAUUGGGUGAGUGACUCGAAAAAGAUUCGAUAAACGCAUGCCAGUCGAUAGUAAAUGUGUUUCCUGUCCCUACAUCGGGAUUCGAUAAUGGGGCUUCGAACGUAUCGGGACCCAUAUGAGUUCAGCGGCGCGAUUGAUAAAAGCCACCGACGGAAAAACGAUGGAAUUAGGUUAGCUCGUAAAUUACGCUUCUUCUCUCUUUUUCCUUUUCUUUUUUCUUUCUCUCUCUCCUCUCUC